AUGGACCUCACAAAGAUAUCCGAGUUUGACUCAACUUUUAAUACUGCCAUAUUACCAGACUUUAUGCACAUUGAUUUAAAUGCACUUGUCCGUGAACUGGAAGAAACUCACAUCAAAAUAAGAGAGCAACUACCUAAAGGACCCAUCUAUUCGAUGAGAAGUGAACUUAAGAGGUUGCGGAGUCUCCUCAGUGUAUCACCUUCCUCAACCUGGUGUCCAAAAGAGUUGGCUUCUGCCGGAUUCUUCUAUACAGGUUUGGAGAACAGUGUCCAGUGCUUUUGCUGUGGCUUAGUUCUGUGCAAGCAAUCUUUAAGUGCCACACCAAUAGAGAACCAUAGAAAAUUCAAUCCAAGCUGUCAGUUCAUUCAGGGAGCUGAUAAUGGGGAUAUAUCUAAGUAUGAUAUCCGUUUACAGACUAUGGAACCAAGUCAACCUGGUCACAUGAAAUUAAUGGGAGAAGAACUGGUCAGGGUGCAAUCCUUUUCAUCCUGGCCCACCUACGCUUUAGUAGAACCCUCUGUACUUGCACAAGCUGGAUUCUUCUUCACAGGUACCAGAGACACAGUGCAGUGCUUCUCAUGUGGAGGAUGUUUGGGGAACUGGGAAGAAAAUGAUGAUCCAUGGAAAGAGCAUGCAAAGUGGUUUCCUGAGUGUGAAUUUCUGCAGAGUAAGAAAUCUAAAGAUGACAUACAUCACUAUACUCAAAAUUACGGAAAAUAUAACGAAUUUACGGGUGCAUCAUUCACAAGCAUUAUGGGCAGUCAUCUAGAAACAUCAAAUGCUUUGCUGUUUGAAGAGGUGGUAACUUUGAGCAAGCAGCUGAUUGAAAAGUAUAGCGAUUCCAGUUUCCAUGAUGUAUCCCCAUUUGGAGAUUUGCUCUCCAUAGAUCUGAGGUCACUCUUUGCAGAUAUCUCUGUUGUAUUGAAGGACAUCCGAAAUCAUCCAUUGACACAGCUCACAUUACCAGACAUCCUAUCAGGGCUAGGGGACAUCACUAUGAUAGAAGGAGAGGCUGGAAGUGGAAAGACGGCGCUGCUCAAGAAAAUUGCUAUUCUCUGGGCUUCAGGGAAAUGUUCUAUACUAAACAGGUUCAGCCUUGUGUUUUAUAUCUCUGCAUCAUGCUCAUCAAAUGAGAGACAGCAAUCGCUGCAUGACAUCAUCUGCCAGCAACUAAUUGGAUCCACUGCAUCUCUCUCUGAAGACAGUCUGGGACAAGUUAUAAAACAAUUACAAAAUAAAGUGUUGUUUCUCCUUGAUGACUAUGGCAUGGCGGGCUCCAUUCCUGAGGCAAUAGAAGAACUUUUGCAGAAGAACCCUUGGAAUAGAGUGGGUUUGGCAGUCACUGUGACCACAGACAAAGCAUGGAUGCUACGGCAGCAUGCAAGUACCAUUCUGAGCAUCCAAAAGUUUCCCUUAUAUAGCACUAUUUACUUACUGAAAAACCUCUUUUCACAUGACGUUGAGCUUGUGAAGUCAUUUGUAGUUGAUCUAGAAACGUCUAAAAACCUAACUUCCAUUUUGCAAACACCUCUUAUGAUUCUUGCUCAGUGUUCCACAUGGAUGAGACAUCCUCGCAAAAAUAAGUUUGAUGAUGUAAACCUUUUUAAAACAUAUUUAAGAUACAGCAUGCUAAAAUAUCCCUCUGAAACUGAAGUGGUAAAAUCUCAGGUAUCUUCAUGUGGAAAUCUUGCUCUCAAGGGCCUUUUUCAGUCAAAAUUUCAGUUUUCCGACAAUGACCUAAGAGCAGCAGGCGUCAGUGAUGACACAGCCAUUAAAUAUGGACUUUUGAGCAAAUUCACAGCACAAAGGCUUCAUCCGAUAUAUACGUUUUUUGAUCCCUCAUUCCAGGAGUUUCUUGCUGGAAAGAGACUGAGUGAGCUGUUAGAGUCUGAGGACCAAAGGGAUCAUGACAAGGGUCUCUAUUACCUUAAGCAGGUGAAUACUUUACUCAAACUCAUAGGGCCUUAUAGCUAUCUUCUAAAAUAUGCCAGCAGGAUUUCUGUAAAAGCGACAAUGAACAUUAUUUCUUGUUUAUUCACCUUAUAUGACAACCCUGAGGCACUGGAUUGCCAUUUAGACAGUAGCGAACAUCUACAACGACAUCCAGAACUUGAAAUUCAAGAACAAGUUUUCACUUUGACAAUACAGGGAGUACUCGUUGAAGAUACCAACUUGGUUUGCAUGGAUCGAUUGAUGACAUUUGCUAUAGAGGCAGCACUUGAAAGUCAAUGUUUAUCUGAAUGUGCCCCACUAAUCAUGCAGUUUCUUGCUGGGAAAGCACUGUCUUUUUCUGUAAGUCAUAUCAACAGAGGAUCUUCUAAGAGUAUUCUAACUUUCAUAGAAAAUUAUCCUGAAUGUAUUCGUUUGUUCAGCUUCGUCUCCUUUACCUUGUCUAGCACAGUAAAACAGCGCAAAAUACCAGAUUUUUCUUCAGUAGAACACAGUUAUGAAAAAUAUGGAGUUCCAACAGUGGAAGAUGAUUACUCUUCAGCAUUUCUUUCACUCACAAAGACAUUGCAAGAUAACCAAGAGAAAAUAAACGAUUCCAAUCAAUUUUUAUCUCUUUUCCCUAAGGAAAUAGAAAUAUGUGACUCAGUAAUUCAUCCUUUUAUGUCAUUAAAGGGACACAAAGCAGCUGUUUUCAAAGUGCAAUUGAGUGGUAUUAAUAGUGAAAACUUUACACAACUUAACUGCAAGAAAUUCCAGAUUCUCUUCUCCAUAUCUGACCACAUUGAACUCCAGCUGAUAAACUGCAGAGAUUUUGCAAAGCACAUUGCCCCAGCAAUCAAGCAGUUCUUAACAUCAUUUAGGAAACUGGUUAUAAAUGGCACAUGUUUGAGUGCAGAGGAACAAGGUCUGAUACUUAAGAUGUCCUCUCUUGAAUGUUUGGAGAUUGAAAAUUCUCAGGAUACUUAUUAUCCAGACCUGCUGAUCCGUGGCAUUCACAACUUCCCUUGCUUGAAUGAGUUGUCUAUCACACUGCCUAACAAUCCAGAGGUGAUAGACCAUCUGCCAGAUGAAUUUACAAGAUUCAGCAAAAUGAGAAAAAUUGUGCUUGUUUUGCCCAAUUGUGGAACUGAAUCAGCAAGAUUUGCCAAAUUCAUGCGUAGUUUUGAAGAUUUGGAGAUUCUGCACCUCACUUUCAAGAAUGUUUUGGAAUAUAAUGGCCUGAUAGAUUCAGUUACAACUUGCAAGAAGCUAAAAGAAUUGAAUCUGUGUGGGUCAGUACUACAGGACAGUGACAUGUCUUUGCUGGCUGUGUCAUUGGGCUCCCUUGUUUAUCUGGAGAAGCUGUAUUUGCCAAAGGGUGAAGGAAUGACUCUUGCUGCUACCCACAUCAUUGAACAGUUCCAGAACCUUUGUAAAAUCCAGUUUCUUGCCAUGAAGGAGAUUCUAGAUGAUGAAUCUAUUGCACUUUUAGCUGAUAUUACAAGAAACAGCUAUCUGAAAAAGCUUCAACAACUUGAACUUCAAGUCAACGCCAACAUCACUGAAUCUGGGUGGAGAACGUUUUUUGAGAGAUCAGGGCACAUGCCAGAGCUCAGUCACCUGAAUAUAAGUCGCAUGUACAUGCAGCAAAUCAAGUCCCACGCCACCACUGUCACGUCCUUUGUUCGAUUUGUGUCCAGGCUACCACGCCUGGUGACCAUACUCAUGUAUGGCUGGCUGCUUGAUAAAGAAGAUUUAAAUAUGUUUAACACCAUGAAAGAGAGUCACCCUCAAGCUAAAAGUUUAAACAUUGCGUGGCAGUGGUUUUUGCCAUUUUCACCUACCAUUGAGGAUUAG